UGACACUUUGCCACUGAUUGCCCAAAGCAAAAUGGUGCUGGUAAGUACGGACACGUUCCUGGCUAAGGUGACGGAGUUCUACGCGGAAGCGCAGGGCUCCAAGGGUUCAGUGGCCGUCUCCUGCAAGAGUGGUGCGUACUGUUUUACUGUAAGAGCGAUUAUCCCCGCCAAAGCGUUGCAUUCUGAGGUGUACUGUUGUUUGGAUUCAGUCCCCGUGGCCAAGGUGAACAAUAAAGCUCAGCAGAAAAUCCUCAAGCUCACGGUGGAGGACGGAGAGCACGUACUAUUGUUUCGCGCCUGCAAGUACGGCAACAACAAGCACAAGAAGAAAUACAGCACGGUGGUGACGGCGAUGAACCACGCGUCGUUCCAUGCGUCUCUGAGCCAGAUCGUCAAGACCAAAGUGGACGUACCGGCCAAGGGCGCUGUCGGCAAAAGCACCAAGCGAGUGGUGGCUAAGGUCAAGAAGACCACGGAAUAGAUAGAGAGGCAAUCAGGUCUAGAGAUCCGAGUAUAGCGGCGAAUGGAAGAGUUCUUGAUGAUGAUUACAAA